AUGUCAGUGGUGCUGUACGGAAGCCGAGCGUUGUUGGGACAUUCGUGGUGUCCAUCUUAUUUCCUGACCCUAUUCCUUUCUUCUUUUUCUGAUAGUGUUUGGCCGUGUUAUUCCGUAUUUACGAUGUUCCGUAGUUUUAAAUGUUUUCAAAACAAGGUACUUCCUAUUACUGCUCCACCACUUUCUCCUCCAGGGUGUAAUCCACGUGUAUAAGAGGUGAUUUAACGUG